AUGGCGCCUCCAACAAGGCAAAAUCACACCAGAAGGCAUCAUUCGCCACCAGCCCAGACCGAAGUCGAGCAUGACUUUCGUCAGGGAGCCGAGCACCUAUGCCGGAGACGGCGUCUCCAACACACCACCACCAAACCAGAGCAGCAGACGCCACCUGCUACACCGCCCAAGAACCAGCCGAAGCGCUGCCAGCGCGCAAGCCAGAGCAACCCGAAGGCCGUGCCCCGACCAUGCCACUGCGGACCACCAUCUCGGCAAGGAGCCACCACGCAACCUGACUGCAGACAGUCGCCAGCCGACCCACCUCCGAGCCUCCGGCCGCUCCAGGCCAGAGGCCGCCCGCCGCCCGCGCCCCCAGCAACACCGCCAGCCAUCGAUCUGAACCACCUCCAGAUCCACCACGCCCGCAGCACCGACGACGUCCCAGCAUCACGCCGAACGAGCAGGGCCGCCGACGAGCGCCCAGGCCACCACCAGCCUUGCCGGACCAGAUCUGAGCAGGGGACGCCCCGAUCCGCCGUGAGCAGGCACCACGGGCGGCCACCACGCUGCCCCCGCAGCCGUAGCGGCGGCACCACCGUCGAGAGCCCCUGGGGCCGUCGCCCCAGCUUCCUGGCGCGGAGCCCACGCCGCAGCACCGCCACCCGCAGCUCCAUGCCUCCGCCGCGUCACCGCGUAGAUCUGAAGGACACCUCGCUGCAGCUCGGCGCCUCGCGCCCGCGCCCCGCGCCCAAAGCUGCCCAACCGCCACCUUCCUUGGGCCAGCCCGAGCUUCGCUGGGAUGAGCCCUCCGGCGGCGGCGGGACGAGAAGAUGA